AUGAAAGAAACUACGGAGUUUGUUCUUGCACUCAAGAAUGCGUCUUUGGAUGAUCCCCUUGCCAAGCUUAGUGACGAUGCUCCACAUAGACUGCGGAAUCCGCCACAAGAGCCCAUCAUUACCAACAGCCCUGGUGUACGUCAGAGCAUCUCUAUGUACCUUGCGCUUGAACAUGGCUCUCAAGAGGUAUAUAAUCGAAUGCGGAGAGCUAAGAUGCGCAAUUUCGAGGGUGCGAAUGGUGUUGAUGAGAUCCUCAGUUUCUACAAUGUCGAGAAGCUCAUUUCCCAGCACAUUGGUGUCGAAUCGAUCGAGCACGACAUGUGCCCAGAGUCAUGUUUAGCAUUCACGGGCCCGUUUGCUCAUCUGGAGAGUUGUCCAAUGUGCGGCUCAUCUCGAUGGGAUCAAGCAAAGUUACGAGCGAGUAGUGGAAAAAUCAAGGUCGCAGCACAAACAUUUGUUACUAUCCCACUUGGUCUGCAGCUACAGGCUCUGUAUCGUGACCCGGAGAGUGCGCGUCAUAUGCGAUACCUUUGGGAGAGAACUCAGGAGGUUCUAGAUGGUCUGAGGCAGACAGGAAAGGUGCCUGUUGUUGACGAUAUCGCAAUAGGGUUUGAUAUUCUUGGUGCUGUGCUUGAUGGUGAGAUCAAGCAGGAUGACAUUGUUCUGAUGGUCUCACUUGAUGGUGCGCAGCUAUACGAGAGCAAGACAUCCGAUUGUUGGAUCUAUAUAUGGGUCAUUCUUAAUUUAUCUCCCGACAAGCGCUACCAAAAACUUCAUGUUCACCCUGGUGGCUUUAUUCCAGAACCAAAUAAACCAAAAAAACACCUCCAUCUCAUUUUUACAACAGCAGAUGUCCCAGGGCUCGUGUAUUGGGAUGGGAUGGUAGGGCAUAGCGGCAAGAACGGAUGUCGCAUGCAUUGUGGAGUGAGAGGGAGGCGUAAAACUCGUGGAACUCAUUACUAUCCAGCACUUCUGAAACUGCGUAAUCGCUGUGUCGAAGGAAGUGACCAUGCCGAUAUUGAUGUAUUCCCCAUCCCACUUGGCGUUGCUGAUGACUAUGCCAAAAAUCUCGAGCUUAUCGUGACUGCACCAAGCCAACGCCAAUAUGAACUCAAGAAGACGGACACCGGUCUCACAAAACCCCCAUUAAUCCUGGGCCUCAGCCCCCAGCACUGCCUCGGUGUUCCACUCCGCAAUCUCAGCGAUCUUCUUCUUGCUCUCUGGUACGGAACAAUGGACUGUGCACCAACAGACAAUGGCAACACAUGGGACUGGGCUGUCCUUUGUGACGGAGAUGGCUGGAUUUCGCACGGAAAGGCAGUGGAGGCCGCAGGGCCAUAUUUUCCAGGCUCGUUUGAUCGAAAACCUCGGAAUAUCGCUGAGAAGAUCAAUACUGACUACAAGACUUGGGAAUUUCACCUAUAUACUUUUGGCCUUGGUCCUGCGCUACUCUACAACAUCCUUCCUGAGCCCUAUUGGCUCAACUACUGCAAGCUCCACAGUCUCACAGCAGAAGAACUUACUGACGCAUUUAUUCUCCUUGGUACAUGGAAGCGAGAGUUUGAGACCCUCUAUUAUCAGCUCAGAGAGGAUCGUUUGCAUUUUACUAGUCAUCUUGUGACGGAGACAGUUCAGAAGGGCCCCCCAAUCCGCUAUGCCCAGUGGACGAUGGAGCGUACUAUUGGGAACCUCGACACUGCCACUGAUCUAGGAAAUGGGUAUGCACUUCUUCGCAAGCGAGACAGAUAUGCAAAACUCCCCGUCGGAGAAGAAGCACAGGCUUUGUCUGAUUUCCUUGGACCCAAUCACCCACUCCCUCGCGUCAAAAAAUGGUCACGACUUCUAUCACCAAAUGGUCAAAUUGCACGCUCUGCCUGGAGGGAGAAGCUAAUGCCACUCGACAAGACACGAAUGUCUCGUCAUGUCAAGCCAUCAAUUAAUAGGCAAACUCAGUUUGCCGAAGUUCUGUACUAUACGAGACUAGCUUUUGCCGAACCAGAUGUAGAUGAUUCAGACGACGAAGCUGGUUACCAUUUCCUUAAUGUUGCUGUCAUUCAAAUGUAUUCUUCCCCUGACGAUCAGCUUCUACGGCUCUCAUCCCAGACAGUUGUUUCUUGCUCACUCCUUGACGAAAUCUCUGUCAUCGAUGUCAAGAAAAUCAUCAGCGUGGUCGCCAUGAUCCCACAUAAACCAAGACUGCCAUCAGGCAUUAUCGAGGAUCGCUUUUUCAUGCUAGAAAAACCAGAGUUAGACAUCGCAAAUUUUGGGGCUUCACAUAAAAAUCUCGGAGAUGAUGCAGAGGAUGAUGAAGAUGCUGAUAUCGAGUAG